CUUUGCCUCAUCGGACAGACGCCUUUUAAGCUUUCUUGUAUAUACUUUUCAUCCCGGUUGAUAUUACUGAUUCAACAUAUCAAACUAAACGGUUUUCCUCUACAUCUGUUCGCUUGCACUACCGAUCGUCCAUUCCCAGCAGUCCCACACCCUAUCGACAAACGAUGGAAACGCAAGAGCCAUUCUUCCGCCCAAUCAAGAAAAGAAAGUUUCUACGACGUCGUCCAGAACAAACACAAGAGACCCGAUCGCCCAGCGAAGAUCGCGAGCAUAACGCAAAUACUCCGCCCGUUGAUUCUGCCGGAGAGGCAGACGAUGGCGUGCAGACCAGCGACGUCGUUCGCCUCCGGCGACAGCAUCGGGCACGAAAGGGUGGCAUCGAGUUCUCUACGACGUCGCGGAAAACAGCCAACAAUGGCGGCCAGGGACAGAUGACGACGGGAGAAGAGCUCGAAGACGAGCGCAUACGUCACAUGGGUGAUCGAUUUACGGCGCAUACCGGGCAAACAGUGGAUGUCGACAAGCACAUGAUGGCCUAUAUAGAAUCCGAAAUGGCCAAGAGAUUCCAACAUAAUCUACCGGCCGAUAAACAUGACCCCGAUACCCUAGCUACAAACGACAGACAGGCACCGGCGCCUUCGUUGAACCUUCCGCAACGACAGCCCGCUUCAUUGGGCAAGUUACACGAGAUCGACUUGGGUCAGGAGACGAAACUCCAGAAUAUUGCCCGGACAGAAGCGGCUACGAGGCAUUUCGCGAAGGACGAGGGUCAUCCGCAGUAUACCGAAGAGGCUGGUCCUUCCAGAGACGCCGCCGGGAAGAGCGAGCAACCGUGGCGAAACCGAAAACGGCGGACCAGCGAAGACAUCGAGAGAGACCGGCUUGUGGAGGAGAUUCUACGGGAGAGUAAACUGGACGUGUAUGACGAGCCCGAGGAGGAAGAGGAAGAGGGCGAAGAUCAAGCGGCCGACGAUAAGGUGGCCGAGCAAUUCCGGCGAGACUUCCUCGACGCGAUCCAGUCCCGUCGGCGGGCGAAAAAGAAGAAACCGACGACGACGACGACGGCGGCGGCCAAACCGGAACCGCCAAAGGGACCCAAGUUGGGUGGGAGCCGGAGUGCUCGCGCUGCGAUGCGGGAGAUGCAAGAGAAGGCGGCGCGGAAAUAGCCCGGGUGCUUGUAUGCAACAUUGCUGAGGAGUACUCCGUACAGGCCAGGUCUUCACUUUGCUGGCCAAUUUGAUGUUAGCGGGGAUGGAUAUGUUUAUCAUGCAGUAUUGUUCCUAGUGGGGAAUGAUAAGAUUGCUGUAUGGAUGCUCAGGGCCAUCUGGCUAUUGGUGGGGACUUUGAUUGAGUUGUAACACGAGUACGAGGGGAGACAUAAUGAUUGAUCUUGUGUCGUACUAUUUAG